AUGGCACCACCCACCUCCACCAUGACCGAAACCAGCACCGCUCCGUCACAGACCACCCCGCCCAAGGGCUUCGACAGCCCCGCCGCCCAACCCUCCGGCACAGCUCCCCACGAGCCCAAAGUCAAUCGCCAAACUGCCAGCGCGAAGAUGAUGAAAUUCCCCUCUCCACCCACCUUCAGCGACAAGCACGAGGAAAGAAAAUACCUCAAAGGCCGCCUCGCCCUUGCCUUCCGCAUCUUCGGCAAACUCGGCUACGACGAAGGCGUCGCCGGGCACAUCACCCUCCGUGACCCCGUCGACCCCACCACCUUCUGGGUGAACCCAUUCGGGCUGGCCUUCAGCCUGAUCAAGUCCAGCGACCUGAUCCAAGUCGACCACAAGGGAGACGUCAUCGCUGGAGGAGAAAACCGGCUGCUGAACACAGCCGCCUACAUGAUCCACCACGCCGUGCACGCCGCGCGGCCGGAUGUUCUGUGCGCCGCACACAGCCACAGCAUCCACGGCCGCGCCUUCUGCGCCCUCGGCCGGGAAUUAGACUGCAUCACGCAGGACUCGUGUGCCUUUUACGACGACCACGUCGUGUAUCGCCAGUUCAACGGCGUGGUGCUGGCGGAGGAAGAAGGGAAGGACAUCGCGGCCUGUCUGGGCAAUAAGAAGGCGGCGUUACUGCAGAAUCAUGGGCUUUUGACCGUGGGCCAGACGGUCGAAGCGGCUGUCUUCUGGUUCGUUAGUCUUGAGAAGAGCUGUCAGGCGCAGUUGAUGGCGGAUGCGGCGGCGCGGGGCCGGGGAGGCGAGACGGUCAAGAUCGACGAGGAGGAUGCCAGGUUUACGUACAAGACUGUGGGCAGUCCGAGGGCGGGUUGGUUCAGUGCCAAGCCGGCGUUUGAUGUGAUGGCGAGGGAGUGUGGGGAGGAGUACUUGCAGUGA